CAUCCGGCAGGAGGAGGCAUGAAGAAGACGACAUUUCAACACUGAGCCUCAGAGAAGAAGGAAGAAGAGGAGAACGCCUUUAGUUCUGCUUUUUUCCCCUGUUCUCCAGUCUGGUCGUGUUGUGAGCCAACUAACAAACGGGGAUGUGUUCUGUCGCGCGGGCGUGUUAAGCAGCGCGUGAGAGGACAUUUAUUCGGGAACCGAACAAUGGAACAUAAUCGCCAUGACGACGACGUGGACUAUGAAGACGAGGAGGUGGACCCCCGCAUCCAGGGCGAGCUGGAGCGACUCAACCAGUCGUCGGACGACAUCAACAGAUGCGAGACGGCCCUGGAGGACGCCCGGCAGAAGUUCCGCUCGGUCCUGGUGGAGGCCACGGUCAAGCUGGACGAGCUGCUCAACAAGAUCGGGAAGCCCGUGGACGAGUCCAAGCCGUAUUGGGAAGCUCGGCGUCUGGCCCGCCAGACCCAGCUGGAGGCCCAGAAGGCCACCCAGGACUUCCAGAGAGCGGGCGAGGUCCUGCGCGCCGCCAAGGAGACCAUCUCUCUGGCGGAGGAGAGUAUCCUGGAGGAGGACCGGCGCCACUUUGACUCCGCCUGGCAGGAGAUGCUCAACCACGCCACCCAGAGGGUGAUGGAGGCGGAGCAAGAAAAGGCCAGAAGCGAAGCGGCGCACAAGGAAACGGCGGCUGAUCACGCGGCGGCCGUGGCCCGCAUGAAGCAGCUGGAGAAGAAACUGAAGCGCACCAUCAACAAGUCCAAGCCCUACUUUGAGAUGAAGGCCAAGUUCUACCUGCAGCUGGAGAACCUGAAGAAGACCGUGGACGAGCGGCAGGCCAGGCUGUCCCAGGCCAAGGCCGGGUACAAGGCGGCCCUCAGGAACCUGGAGACCAUCUCUGAUGAGAUCCAUGAGCGCCGGCGCAACUCCGCCAUGGGCCCGCGGGGGCAGGGCGUGGGCGCCGAGGACGGCGGCGGCCCCGGCGAGGCGGACGCCGCCAACUUCAAGAUGGAGUCCGAUGGCGUCUCCAUGAUGUCGGUGUGUCUGGACGACGAGGCGUGCGGCGCCGGCAGCGUCACGUCGGAGGAAGAUUCGGAAACCCGCUCCACGUGCAGUCUGACCUCCACCCGCAGCAGCCCUCAGGACCUCCUGUCCUCCUACCUCUUCACCUCCGCUCCUCCCUCCAGACCCUGCAGCCUGGACCUCCCCGCCUCCGUCUCCCUGUCCGACUUCGGCCUCAUCUCGCCCGUCCUCGGCCCUCGCAGCGAGUGCAGCGGAGCCUCGUCGCCCGAGUGCGACCUGGAGAGAGGUGAGCGAGCAGAAGGGGCGGAGGUGAUGUUGGACAACGUGCCCGUCGUCAAGGGCAACAAAAACAACAAGAACUUGCUGGCCGGCAGGAAGAGAAGUUUCAACCUGGAGGCUGGCUUCAGCUUCCUCACCCUGCGGCGCCAACGCAGCGACGGCAAGACCACGGACAACUUCUCCCAGAGGGCCGUGGUGCUGGUCAAAGGACUGUGAGGAGGUUGGUGCCGGUCAAAGGACUGUGAGGAGGGCGGUGCCGGUCAAAGGACUGUGAGGAGGGCGGUGCCGGUCAAAGGACUGUGAGGAGGGAGGUGCCGGUCAAAGGACUGUGAGGAGGGCGGUGCCGGUCAAAGGACUGUGAGGAGGGCGGUGCCGGUCAAAGGACUGAGGACUUGUGCCGGUAAAAGGACUGUGAGGACUUGACCUUAUUAGUAAGACUGUUGCUGACCUUUGCACUUUUGCCAACUAUGUGAACUUGUGUUGUUAUGGUCAUAUUUGAUCACCUUAAAGGUCUGGUGCAAAAGUCUCUUGUUGUGUGGACGUUUGAUGGAAUGUUCAAUAAAGACAAUUAUGAGGGCCCUCUCA